CGCCCGAUCUACUCGCCUAAGGAUUCGCUCCUCCACAUUAUACUUACCAUCCCCUUGUACCUUUUGAGUCUUAUUCCUGACCCCUUCUUCCGGUAAAGGAACAUCUCUCUUCGUCGGCACUAAUGAUGUGACUGAGAUGUUCAUUUUCCGUUUCUGCUGGCACUCCUACCCCGUUCUAUCCCUUCACUCCACUCGGAGCAGAAUUUAUAUCAAGAAUAUCAAGUGGGAUGUUCACGGGACUGAUUCGAGGGCGUUCGAUCCAUAUGGGAAUUUCGUCAAUGAGAACUUUGAAAAAGUAUGCCCCUCCGAGCAUUCCACUGCACCUGAAAAGGACUCGCUUACGCUUUGGGAAACGGUCGUCAUGAUUUGGAAUCUCCACAGUGCAAAUGAUUUCUUCGGACCCAUAGCGAGUUUGGCAAGUUUCCUCAUUGCGUAUUACCUCCUCGCCGGUCCAGAUGGAAAAGUCAAGAAAGCGCAUCUCAAGACGGUAUACGAUGGUUCCGGUUUCCAUUCUAUUGCUAGGCAGGUAGCGCUUGGAAGGAAACGCGGACAGUUAGAUCCAACGCUCAAAUUCUGAAGAAGAGAAACAUGGUAAGCAAAUUCUGGCCAACCCAUAGCCUUGGCUAUCGGAGAGUUAGGGCCUUACACCCCUAGUUGCUGGUUACGGAUAUGGAGAGGGAGAAAGGUUUAUUAGAAUGUUAGCGAUUUACGCUAGCGUUUUACGCUCAGUCAAUCGUUGUUGAACUGAUUAGAUUGGAACUAAUUACCUAGCGUUUUACGCUAGGGCACAUGAGGG